ACUGCAAGAACAACAGUCAAGUUCCUCAAAACUCCUCCAGAAAAUCAGCCAAAUUCCUUUUCCCAUUCAUUUUCCCGCGAGAUCAAAAACCAAAGCAGACCGACCCAUCGGCCGAAACCCACCAAACUACUAGUACUAUAACAGAUGAAAGAAAAAAGAAUGAAGUCCCUAAAGAGACAGGGAAAGUGAAACGUUAAACCAGGUUUGCUAUUAGAGACUGUCUCCAGUUUUAAGUCCAACCGAAAACGUAGAUGUUUCCGAAGCUCUUCACUGUCUACGACGUUCAUUUCGAGUUUCUUUCGUUCUUUUAAAAAAAACCACCCAAAAGCCUCUCGAAACAGCGGCUACAGGCAAAUUGUGCGAUGGAUCCAUGCCCAUUUGUGCGUUUGAUCGUCGAGUCUUUGGCUCUGAAACUCCCACAGGCCACCAAACCAGCCGGUUCCGGCGUUUACCCAACAGCGACGCCGUGUUUUUGCAAGCUCAGAAUCAAAAACUUCCCGUCUCAAACAGCUUUGUUACCUCUCAGCAACAGCUCCGGUGACUCACCGCCUGAGUCCUCCACAUCUGCCGCUGGUUUCCACCUCGACGCUCUAACGCUCCGGCGUCUCUCUGGCAAGCCCGUGACGCUACGUAUCGAAGUCUACACUGGGCGCAUGGGCCGCACGUGCGGCGUCAGCUGUGGGAAGUUGGUGGGUCGGGUUCAGGUUAGUGUGGACUUGGGGGUGUCACAAACCAGGCCUUCGGUGUUCCAAAAUGGGUGGAUGAAACUCGGUAAGGAGCCGGACAAGCCAACCGCUAAGCUUCACUUAACGGUCAGGGCUGAACCUGAUCCCCGGUUCGUUUUCCAAUUCGGUGGCGAACCGGAAUGUAGCCCUGUCGUGUUUCAAAUUCAAGGUAACAUUAGACAACCCGUUUUCAGUUGCAAGUUCAGCGCCGAUCGCUCAAGAUCUCGAUCACUCCCACCAGAUUUUACCAACAAGAAUAGAGGAUGGAUGAGAACAUUGUCAGGAGAAAGGGAGAGGCAAGGAAGAGAGCGGAAGGGAUGGAUGAUAAUGAUAUAUGAUCUAUCUGGCUCUCCUGUUGCAGCUGCCUCCGUGAUCACUCCAUUUGUACCCUCCCCCGGCUCAGACCGUGUUUCUAGAUCAAACCCUGGUGCAUGGCUAAUACUCCGACCUCAUGGCUUCUCUGUCAGCAGCUGGAAACCAUGGGGUCGUCUAGAGGCAUGGCGAGAACGGGGUCCUAUUGAUGGCUUAGGCUACAAGUUUGAGCUGGUCACGGAGAAUGGCCCCACUAAUGGUAUCCCCAUUGCUGAAUCUACAAUGAGUGUCAAAAAGGGUGGCCAGUUUUGUAUCGAUAAGAGAGUAUCAAGAGAUUCUGCAUUGAGUUUAAGGUCACCUGUUAAAGGAUUUGUGAUGGGUUCGACUGUUGAAGCUGAAGGAAAGGUUAGCAAGCCAGUGGUACAAGUAGGGAUGCAGCAUGUAACAUGCAUGGCUGAUGCCGCACUGUUUAUUGCACUUUCAGCUGCCAUUGAUCUUAGCAUGGAUGCUUGCCGACUUUUCUCACGUAAACUCAGGAAGGAGCUUUGCCAUGAUGAACAGGAUUCCUCUUCUUAAACCUUAUUAAAAUCCUAAUUGACCGCUGCCGUGAUAACCAGUUAGUUUCUAGCUUUUGCCAGUAAAGCACUGAUGGUUUGAGCAGAGAGCUGGACAGAAUGCAAUCUUUCCUCUCCUCAUUUUUCCAACCUUAUUUAGUUUUACCCCCACAUCUUUCUCAAAACUUUUCUGUUUGGAGGUGUGGCUGCUGAUCUGGUUUUGGGAGGCUCUUUUCGGUUGACAACACCCUAUUUAUAAUUCACAAAGUUUUUGAUCGUUUCGAUUCUGCUUUUCGUUUGCGUUUUGUCAACACAAUAUACAGGGAACAUUUCUUUUGUUGUUGGGUUCAUACCUUACAGACUGAAAUUGUAUAGACAAAAAUUCAAUUGUUUCAUUGUUUGUUCAUAGUUACUUUUUCAUUAAUUUUUGAACUCUGUCAACAGCUUUAUCUUCGUAACUAAUGAAUUCGCUUGGCUGAUUCAAGUUUCAA